UCAAAACCACAUAAUGAUGAUCAGUUUACUUUAAUAUAUAGUUUUAAAUAAAAAAGAUUUCUCAAAAGCUAAAGCUUGCGAAGCUGUCAGCACAAAGGUCUAAAAUAAACAAAAUUUAAAGGAAAAAAAAGAAGAAGAGGAAAGCAAUUUUAAAACCAGUAGCAGAACUCAUAAAAAGCUAAAACCACCAUCAUCAAGAUCGAUCCUAUAUAUCUAAGAAACAAAUCGAAGAAGAAGAGAAAAUCAAAUUGGAAAAAAAAUGAUCAGAGGAGGAGGAAAGUCUUCAGGUUACUCAGCAGAUUUGAUGGUUUGUUUCCCUUCAAGAACACAUUUGUCUUUACCUUCCAAAUCCAUUUCUACCCCUUCUCCUUCCUUUAACCGUCGUCAGAAUGCUCCACACCACCGCCGCAGCCUCAGUAAGCUCUCUGUCAGCGGCGGUGGAGUCCGUCAGAAUCGCGGUGGAGGAAGGGAGAUAGCAGAAGAACCAACGUCUCCAAAAGUCACGUGUGCUGGUCAGAUCAAAGUGCGGCCGAGCAAAGGCGGCGGUACCGGUGGGAGCAAGAACUGGCAGUCUUUGAUGGCGGAGAUGGAGAAGAUACAUAGAAGCAAGUCGGAGAGUAAGUUCUUUGGGAUCAAGAAAGAUGUCAUGGGCUUCUUGACUUGUCUACGUGACCUCAGCUUUUAUUUCCGGUGUUUCGGUGCGUUUCCUCCUGUGGAUGUGAUCUCAGACGAUGAUGGAGAAGAAGAAGAAGAAGAGGAAGAGGAAGAGGAUGAAGAUGAUGAAAGCUCGGGGACAGUUUUCUCGAAAUGGUUUAUGGUUUUACACGAGAAGCAGAACAGUGAAGAGUGUGUUGACGAAAAGGAAAACGCGUUUUCUGAUGUAGAAACUGCGGUUCCGCCGCCAAACGCGUUGUUGCUGAUGCGGUGUAGAUCUGCGCCGGUUAAGAAUUGGUUAGAGGAGAAGAAAGCAGAAACAGAGGAAGGUGGUAACACUGAAAAACUGAGCGGAAGAGAAGAAGAGGAGAAUGAUACAGUGAGAAAGAAGAAGGAUUUGAGAUCGUUGAUGGAGGAAGAGACGAAGAAGAUGAAUUUGGUAGUGAUGGAUUACGACACAAACUAUUACAAACUCUCUGCAGACAUCGCCAAAGAAACUUGGGUUGUCGGUGAAAUUCAAGAUCCUCUGUUUCGUAGUCGAAGCUGGAAGAAGUGAUCUUUUUACUCCCUUUGUAAACAUUAACACUUUUUCUUGUAAACUUGAAGUAAGUUUUUGUAUUUACAAUAAUACUGUUGUGAAAAAAGAUUUGAGACUGGAUUCAUACAAUGUUUUUACCUUGUUA